AGUGUCAAACUUACAAAACGACGACGCAAUCGCGAAAAACGCACCUGUUUUGUUUAGCUCUGUUGACGAUUACUUUACAAAAGCAUUCUGGCGACUACGAACAUACCCCUAAGACGCCUUUUAAUAUAUAUUUUUUUGGCGUGCCUUUUUGGAAAAGCGACUAUGUUUAAAGCGGUAAAACAGGUUUUUUUCUCCAGCGGACUACAAACGCCACAAUUCACAACACCUGAGAAACAGCCUAAAGACUACGAAGAACGCACUUAUGAGGCGGCCAAAUGGGUCAGCACCACCGUCAGCGGAACCAGCCUGGAUGAAAGCAUGCGAACUGGAUUCCGCCGGCUUUUCAGCUAUAUUCAAGGCAACAACACCGACAAGGUCAAAGUGGAGAUGACUGCUCCCGUGACGUGCCACGUGGACCCCGGUGCCGGGCCCGCCUGCGAGACUAACUUCACGGUGUCCUUCUACAUCCCUGAGGAGCACCGCGACGCGCCGCCGCAGCCCAGCAACCCCAAUGUGUUUGUGGAGCAGAGGGAUGAGUUCACCGCUUACGUCAGAAGCUACGGCGGCUUCUCCGACGAGACGCUAGUUCGCAACGAGCUCCUCAAGCUGACGGAGAGCCUCCGCCGGGACGGCGUCCGUUUUGCCGAGCGGCCAUACUACUUCGCUGGAUACGACAGCCCCUUCAAGUUGGUCAACCGCAGGAACGAGGUAUGGCUCCUCCAGCAAAAAGAGUCAACAAACACUUAAUUCCAUUGAAGAAAAUGUCGCAGUUUGCCUGCUCGGCCACCAGAGGGCGGCAUUGCUGAACUUAAAGUGCCUUGAAUCGCUUUGGCUAAUGUGAUUAGGUGAUGGACGUCCAUUACCGUCGAUGCUAAUAUAUUCAACAAUAACAGAAAACGCUUGCAUACUUUUGUAUGUUAUUUUUAACAGGCUAAAGGGAAUUUAUUUACCAAUGUCAUUUUGUCAUUUAAUUAAAAGAAUAACUUGUUUCUUUUUUAAAAAGGUUUGGCUCAUGUGAUUAAUGAUUACUUGGUUGGUUAACAAAAUGGGUAUGACAAUAUAUUGAAAAGUUGAUAUAGCGUGAUACUUUGUAGCUCAAAAGGUUAUCGAUAUGCUCCAAACAAGAACUGAUGUAUCGUUUUAAAAAGGUGUCACUGUUUAAAAACGAAAGGAACCAACUAUCUGCUAUCAAAGUCUUCCAUUGGAAUAUGUUAGCUCACUGGCUGCCAUUGACAAUGCUAACCAGGGGUUAAUUUUACCGGAUCGUGCUGGAACAAAAUCCAGCACCCCAUGAUUUUGGCCUCCCUGUGUUCCGGGACUUAUUUGGAGAGGAUCCGGCACCUCUCGUGUAUAGAAAAUAAUAAAUAAUAUGUGGACCGGCGAUUUCCGUUGCUCGUUCGUCGUCGCUUCUUCAUCCAGUUCUUUCUUCGUGGAGGUGGUGUAGUUUUAAAAAAACACUGCUGUUGCAUAGAGACUUUUAUUAACUAAACAAAAAUCAGCAGGGCAGGUCAGCCAGUCAACACCGCGCUCCCGCUCAACUCUCCUUUUCGCUCCCUCUCUCCUCACGCUCGCAAACUUCUUCUACGGCAAACUGGCAGUGCCGGUCACACUGAAACGGGAGAGCGACCCCAUGGAGAUGCAGGUAACAUUGUUAUAAAAAUUUAACGCCAUUUGAAAGAGUCAGAGAUUUGUUGACACUGAAAAGCUGGACAAACAAAUCACGCCCCUGACAUAAAAAAAAAAAAAAACACAAAAAAACUUGGUGACAUCUGGUGAGCAAGCAGCCAGGAUCAAACGGUAUUUCAACAAAGACGGUUGCAUUUACCAUCCUUUUACAAAAAGAAGGAAGAUGCUUCAAAACGAGUCAGAAAAGCAACAACCGGCGAUGAGGGCAGCUGCAGCGAUCAUGCUAACGGGCAGACCGGGUGCAGCAGGAGGCUAGCGCCGCAGCUGCUAGCCAGGUUCACGGACAGCCAGUCAAGCCAGGGCAGGAGGCUGCUACCAUGGCAGCAGCUGGUGAGGUUCAGCGCCAUCCGGAGUGGGGGCCAGCUACAGCGCCAGCAGUCAGCCAGGUGGACCACCAAUGGCCAAAACAACAGGCCACUACCCUUAUGGGAAAUUCGGGUUUGGGCUGUACAAUUUGUAAAGUGGUGGGAACUUUGGGGCUAGAGAAGACGAGGGGGAUGAAACUUGCAAAAGAAUGGGUUUGUGGUUUAUAUCAUUUUUUUCCCCCAUGUUUUACAAGUUAGACCUGUUGAGAAACUAAUUGCUGACUGUGUACUGUAAGUCCCACCUGUGGUUAUUUGGGCAAUUGCCCGUGCUGUGCGGAGUAUACCCUAAAUAAGUUGUAAAUUGUUGUCAUAACAUUUAUACCAUGGAUACAGUAUAUCUGAAAUUGAAGCUUGUAAGUCCCACAGCAUGGCAAGUGGCCAUUUGCGUGUUGUUUUCAGCACCAUUUUCUGCGUAUGUUCUGGGACCAGUGCCAUCAUCGCAUCAUCCCUGCAUAUGUACUUUGCGAUUUGGCACCUUAUGAUUUACAAAUUAAGCACUGACACUAACCAAGCAUGUCUUGUGGGCAUUUAAAGGUCCCUUCCAGUUGAUUUUAAGUCACUUCCUAUUCAUCUGGGGACAUUCUUGAGUCACUUCCUUUUCAGUAACCCAAAAUCAACAGGAGGUGACCUGUAAAUACCCUAAAAUCAACAGGAAGUGACUGAAAAUCAACAGCAAAUGACUUGAAAUGCCGCAAAAUUAAACUCAUUGGUUGCCAUUGACCGCCAUAGACGUCCACUACGUUUGAAGUGGGAGGGUUGGCAGCGAAUGAACGAAUUCACAGCCACCCUCCCAGUUCAAAUGGAUUGGACGUCUACUAGUGAUAAACUCACAGCAGACGAAUGAAAAUUGCUUUUUUUCCGGUUUAUUACCCAUGUAUCGAUAAUCAUCACUUAUCGAUAUUUUUUUUUGUCAAUUCCAACAAUAAUAUUGAACAUGUUUUGACUUGCCGUUAUUCCUUUGCCCUUGGUCGUCCGCGUUUAAUCCUCCCGUGUGCUGUCUUCGCACGUCUCUGUCGGCUCCAAAUCUGCUGAGUCGCCGCAAGCCUCCUGUUGACGCACUCAGCGGAAAUGUGACACACGCCACUCGGCGUAAUUGCGUCGUCGCGCUCGUCCAGGUGACACGUCGAUUUUGUCAUUCGCGUGCGGAUUGACGGACUUUUUGAUACCGUUUUAAAGCUUUGGUUUGAAUUUGUGAGCCAAAGUUUAAGACGUGGGUCUUGAAAUGUUAUUUGCAAGGGCGUUUGAGGUCUGACUUUGCGCUGAGUCAGCGCUUCAGGCACGUGUUAGGCUUUGGGGAGAAUCGAUAGAAUCCUUGUUCGCUUGUGAUCACACUAUUGUCAUUGGGGAAUGAGUUAUUUUGAUAUUUGAGUUUUUGUCAUGUUUUUUUUACAUUAUUGCACAAAUAUCGACUGAAGUGUUGAUUGACUAAAGUAAAUUGGAAAUACUUGGAGCAAGUGGAAUGAGCGCGGGUUUGGGUGGUUAUUACGAGUUUAUUUCAUGACUAAGAUUUUUUUUUUUUUUUUUUUUGGUAUUGUCAAAGUACACUGGCUCCAUAGACUUCAUAAUGUAUUAACAUGACACAUUUCCCAUUCACUGCGUCAUGCCUUCCCAAAGGAGGCCAUCCCACACUCCGCUUCAUUUAUUAGCAGUGGGUCACUUGCAGCGAUCUAACGCUAUCUUUAGGUUGAAAAAGUAUGAAAGCUGUACUGCAUACAAGCAGGAAGAAUUGGCUCAGGACUCAGGAGUGACUUGUUGGAAGAUUCAAGGUAAAUAUUAUAUUUUUCGUCCCAUGCACGCAUUUUCAAACGUUGUAAAAAAUAAAUGGGAUAAAUUAGCCGCUACAGCGUGGGCAUUAUACGUCGCAAUAUUCACGUAAAAUAACUGCCAAUUGCCCGUUUUUUUGCUUUUAACCAAGAAUCGAGACUGUUUUACGUCCACAUCUAUUAAGAAUUCAGGUAUUUAAGCAUUUAUUUACAACAAUUUUCACCGGAAAAAGCUCUAUUUACAUAUGGUGUCCACCUCUUUAACAGACAGUAACAGACUAGCAUCGUACUUCGACAUAUUAACGUAAAAUAAAACCUAACUACGUUUUUUUGUUUUUGUUUUGCUUUUAACUAAGAAUCGAGACUUGUUUUACAUCCAUAUCUAUGAAGAAUUCAGGGAUUUAAGCAUUUAUUCACAAAAAUUUUCACCGGGAAAGCUCUGUAUACAUAAGGCGGCCGCUAGCUACAUUUACUAACAGACUAGCAUUGUACCUCGACAUAUUUACGUAAAAUAAAUGCUAACUGCACGUUUUAUCUUGGGCUUUCUUUGGUGCUUUUAACCAAGAAUCGAGACUUGUUUUACUUCCAUAUCUAUGAAGAAUUCAGGGAUUUAAGCAUUUAUUCGCAAGAACUUUUCACACAAAAAGCCUUUUGACUGUGAUUCCACUCGGUCAGCUUUGACGGCCUCGCCAACAAUGCAGGCCCCCUAUUUUUUUGACCCCGUGUCCCGUCAAUACAUUAUGAAGUCUAUGAUUCAGUGGUACAAAUUGUCCAUAAUUAACUUUUUACCCCCAAAUUUUUGUAGACCGGUGGUAUUGUAUUAACUUAUUUUUCUUGGUUGUCAAGAGACAAUUUAAAACUCUGGAAGGUGUUAUGAUUUAACAUUUGAAUACAGUGGUACUUUGAGAUAUGGGAUUAAUUAGUUGCGCGACAACGCUUGUAACUCAAAUUGCCACUCGCAUCAUUUUUCUCUUAAAAUGCACUUUAUGAAAAAUAAAAAUACAAUGAAAAAUCUUAUUUUUGUACAAUUUUCGCAUCAAAUGACAUUCCUGUUACUUAUAUUUUAUACGUUUAAAUUUUUUUUAAAAUUUCUUUUUAAUUUCAUUUAAAUUUUAUCUAGCAAAAAUAAACAUUUUUAAUUAUUAUACCAUAAUUAUACCAGUAAUUGAUAUUAUACAGGUAGUCCCCAGUUUACGAACGAGUUCCGUUCCUGCGCUGGCAAUGUAACCUGGAUCGGAAGUCGGAAUCACCCUUUAAGUACCUCUAAACACCUUCUUAAUUAAAAAAAAAAUCCAAAAACAUGAAUUUUAUGUCAUAUUAAAAAAAAAAAAAAAAAAGUAAAAA